AAGAUGCUCUAACAGGAAGCGGGUUUGAGGAGCUGCACAGCUUCCUGCUCCCCUAGAGCUGUGCAGGGCCAGAAGGCCAGUGCCUGGCUGGGCCACGAGACACGGUUUUGCUCUAGGGUCCCGGCAGCUUCCUCUUCCACAGCCACUUCCGUGUGGCUGGGGCCCCAGAGGCAGGAGCUGCUGUUUGUUGCCCAGGCCACCCUCCACCCCCAGUUUGGAGCCCUCCCCCUGGGCCCAGGCCAAACCCAGUGGCUGGUGGGGAUCCCAUGGGGGACUGGUAGGGCAAAGGUCUUGGGGAACAGAGGUGGUUGGAACAGGGCUCUGGGGCUCCGGCCAUGAAGUCUCGGCAAAAAGGAAAGAAGAAGGGCAACUCGAAGGAGCGGGUGUUUGGGUGUGACCUGCAGGAGCACCUGCAGCAGUCAGGCCAGGAGGUGCCCCAAGUGCUAAGGAGCUGUGCAGAGUUUGUGGAGGAGUAUGGUGUGGUGGAUGGGAUUUACCGCCUCUCAGGGGUCUCCUCCAACAUCCAGAAGCUCCGGCAGGAGUUUGAGACAGAGCGGAAGCCAGACCUGCGGCGGGAUGUUUACCUGCAGGACAUUCACUGCGUCUCCUCCCUGUGCAAGGCCUAUUUCAGAGAACUGCCGGAUCCCCUGCUCACUUACCGGCUGUAUGACAAGUUUGCUGAGGCUGUUGCUGUGCAAUUAGAGCCUGAGCGCUUGGUCAAGAUUCUAGAGGUGCUUCGAGAACUGCCUGCCCCCAACUACAGGACUCUGGAGUUUCUCAUGAGACACUUAGUGCACAUGGCCUCAUUCAGCGCCCAGACCAACAUGCAUGCACGCAACCUGGCCAUUGUGUGGGCCCCCAACCUGCUGAGGUCUAAGGACAUAGAGGCCUCAGGCUUCAAUGGGACAGCGGCCUUCAUGGAGGUGCGAGUGCAGUCCAUCGUCGUGGAGUUCAUCCUCACGCACGUGGAUCAGCUCUUUGGGGGCGCAGCCCUCCUCUCUGGUGGUGAGAUGGAGAGUGGAUGGCGAUCAACUCCAGGGGCCCGGGCAUUAGGCAACCCUGAUGACCUCAUGCCCAGGUCUCUACCUUGCCACGUGCCUAGCGUCCUGCAAGCUGGUGAUGGACCCCCUCAGAUACGGCCCUACCACACUAUCAUUGAGAUUGCAGAGCACAAGAGGAAGGGAUCUUUGAAAGUCAGGAAGUGGAGAUCUAUCUUCAAUCUGGGUCGCUCUGGUCAUGAGACAAAGAGAAAACUUCCACGGGGGGCUGAGGACAGGGAGGACAAACCCAAUAAAGGGACACUGCGGCCAGCCAAGAGCAUGGACUCACUGAGUGCUGCAGUUGGGGCCAGUGAUGAGCCAGAGGGUUUGGCAGGGCCCAGCAGUCUCGGUCCAGGCCCACUGCUUUCUGAGAGUUUGGAGAACAAUUCUAUGGAGACAGUAGAGGGUGAACAGGAGCCUGAAGCAGAGGCACCAGGUGGCACGAACUCGGAGCCAGGCACACCGAGAGCUGGGCGGUCAGCCAUCCGGGUUGGAGGCAGCAGCCGUGCAGAACGCUGUGCUGGUGUCCACAUCUCAGACCCCUACAACGUCAAUCUCCCGCUGCACAUCACCUCGAUCCUCAGUGUGCCUCCCAAUAUCAUCUCCAACGUCUCCUUGGCCAGGCUCACCCGUGGCCUUGAGUGCCCUGCCCUACAGCCCCGGCCAAGCCCUGCCUCUGGCCCUGGUCCUGGCCCUGGCCUUGGCCCUGGACCCCCAGAUGAGAAGUCGGAGGCAAGGCCAGCCCCAGGUCCUGUGGCUGAUUCAGGCCCAGUGGACAUGAUUCCUGCUCUGGAGGACUGCCUGUCCCAGGAGGUGCAGGAUUCCUUCUCCUUCCUAGAGGACUCAAGCAGCUCAGAGCCUGAGUGGGUGGGGGUGGAGGAUGGGGAGGUGGCCAAGGCAGGAGCAACAGGAACAGCGUUCUCCCCUGGGGAGGACGACCCUGGGAUGGGCUACCUGGAGGAGCUCCUGGGAGUUGGGCCUCAGGUGGAAGAAUUCUCGGUAGAGCCACCCCUGGAUGACCUGUCUCUGGAUGAGGCGCAGUACGUUCUGGCUCCCAGCUGCUGUUCCCUAGACUCUGCUGGCCCCAAGCCUGAAGUGGAGGAGGAAAAUGGGGAAGAAGUCUUCCUGAGUGCUUAUGAUGACCUAAGUCCUCUUCUGGGUCCUCAAUCCCUGACGUGGGAGAGUGUAGGGAGUAUGGAGGAAGAGGCAGUAGGGUUUGAAAGACAAGCUCCAAGGCGGGCUGAAGAAGAGCAAGAAUGCUGGGGAGUUGGGGAGGACAAGGAGCCGGAGCCUGGAAAGACACUGAACAUCAGAGAAGAGGCCAAGGGGGGUCCAGAGAUGGAGGUGGUGGAUGGAAAGGGUGGCGAGGAAGGGGAGGGGGCUGAAGGAAGCCAAGAGGGGAUAAUUAGCUUGGAAGAAGCCAACGGGGAAGAGAAGGAGGCCAAGGGAGAGAAGUCCCAAGGACAGGAGGCAGUUGAAGAUAUAGAGGAAGCUAAGAAUGUGCAGGAACCAAGAGGAGAACAGGAUAAAGACAGGGAGAAGGAAAAACAAAUCAAAAGAGAAGAGGCUCAGCAAGGAGGAGAGGAAGCCCCCCUAGAAGUUGGAAGGGACCCAGAGCACGGGACCCAGGAACACCCUGUUGCUAAGGAGAAGUGGGAUGUACACAAACAAGAGGCCGAGGGAGGCCGACAGCGUGAGGUCAAAGAGCAGAAGGGGGAUGAAGAUCAUAAGGCAAGAGAAGACCAAGGACAUGGUGAAGACGGCAGAAGCCCAGAAGCCGCAGCUGAAUCAGGCGUGGUCAUCAAGGAACCGGAGUGUGGGGCUGAACAGGCAGAGAGAGACCAGAGGGCUGGAGAUGGCCAUUUGGAAGAAGGGACCCUCUUUGAAGGGCCAGGUGUAGAGUUCCUAGAAGUUGACAGUACCAACGAGGGCAACAUCCAGUUUUCUGAGAUGGAACAGGCAACCCCACAGCCACCCCAGGCAGAGGAGACAGAAACUGAGGGACGGCUGAGCUCCGUGGGCUGUGAUCUGUGCCCCUGUCCCUUUGGGUCAGCUGGUAGUGUGGGCAUGCGCCUGACUUCCAGCCUGGUUCAUGUCCAGCAGGUUCGCUCUGUACCUGUAGUGCCCCCUAAACCACAGUUUGCCAAGGUGCCCAGUACAAUGUGUAGCAAAAUCCACGUGGCACCUGCAAACCCAUGUCCAAGGCCUGGGCGGCUUGAUGGGAUUCCUGGAGAGAGGGCAUGGGUGUCCCGAGCUUCCCGAGCUUCUUGGAGGAAUGGGGGCAGUCUUUCCUUUGAUGCUGCUGUGGCACUGGCCCGGGACCGCCAGAGGACAGAGGCUCAGGGAGUUCGGCGGACCCAGACCUGCACUGGGGGUGGGGACUACAGCCUCAUCCACAGAACCUCCCCGUGUCACACCAUCCCUGCCUAUUCACCUCGGCCCCUUAGCUGCCUGGAGCUCCCGCCUGAAGGUACGGAAGAUUCUGGACCCCGGAGUCGGCUUAGUCUGCCCUCCAGAGAACCCCAGCCUCCUGUCCCCCUGUUGUCCCCUCAACGCAGAUCAUAUGCAUUUGAAACACAAGUGAGCCCUGGGAAAGGAGGACUGUGAUUAGGAACCAUGCACUGGGCAGAGCAGACCAACAAGUUAACCUGGAAUCUCUGGGCUCCCUGACUGGCUGUCCCUUCUGCUUCCCGAGCAGCUGUAGUGUCCCCGUGUACAGGUUUUGGCCCUCCAGCAACUCUUUUUGACUGUGGGAGGCACCAUCUUGGUGGGUUUACUUCAGCUUGCCUCAGACACAAAGCACUCUUAAGAGAUUCUCAAGAAAGUCAGCAAGAUCCUGUUCCCAUGAAGCGUGGUCAUUGACCAAAGGGAACACAAAGAAGACAGAAAACUUAGAGACUUUUCAAAGUGAAGAAUAAGAGGGGGAAUUCCAACCAAGCUCCUUCUCUGAGGCUUCUCUUUGCAGAAGUCCAAGGUAGGGGCGGAGAAUACAAGAUCAGGUCGGAGUUCACGUACAGAAACUUCUAGAACUUCCCAUUCUUGUUCUGUUCUUAGCCCCUUAGAUAUCUUCUGUCCCGCUUAGCUCCAGUUUAGGAGGAACAUGUCCAAGAAGCUCUUUGAAUCCCCAGUGUUUGUUGGAAGGACUGGACCCCAUCCUUUGUCUCUCAUCAUCUUACAGAAGAGAAGUCCCAUACAGAUUGCUCUUUUUCCUUUGGAAUAAUUUCCUCCCAUUUUAGGAGAGGGGAAUGGGAUGACAGAGGACCUAGGAUUGCUUCUCCAUACAGGUGGGGCCACAGGCCCCACUCUAGUAAGGGUGAAUGUUUCAGAAUAAGUUGUAUUUUUACAUUUGAACAGCAUGGUGACUCAUUAAAGUUUUGGGUGAUAAGGAUCAUA